CCGUCAGUCAGCCAGCUGUCAUGUCAUUUAUUUCGUCUCAGUUUAGCCAUUUCUUGUUUUUUCUUUUCGUAGAAAUCGUAAUUUAAACAUUAAAAUUGGCCCGAGUAAUGAAAUUUGCGUAAAAAAAGGUGUAGCGUUGCAAAAAUCAAUUGGUAUAAUCAAAAUGAAUGAUAUAUAAUGCAUGGGGGCCAUAUGUUUGAUAACAAACUAUUAAGGUCGCAAGUGGAAAAAUUUAUCGAAAAUGUCCUCGAAUACAGAGUCUGAGGACUUGGAAAACAUUCCUCUAGUUCGCAUGGAGGACGUUCAACCAGCUAGAGACAGGAAUUGUGAGGUUUACAGUGACAGCACUGAGAAUGACAUAGAAACUUGUAUUGUUGAUGAUUUAGAUUAUGACAAUGAGUACAUCGUAGACAAUGAUGAGGACUCUAAUAUUGGGAGCAUGGUGUCUAUACACUCUGAAGAGGUUCAGGAGGACAGUGAUAGCGCGGAAAUCAUAGUUCCUGAAGUUUUGGAUGCUAAAAAAGAGAUAAAACCUACAAACACUGGCUAUAAAUAUGAGGAAGUUAUCAUAGAAAAAAAUCCAGAAAGUUGGCCAACAUUAGAGAUACUGCCGGGUGGUGUGAUUAAACAUAGUGAAAAAUGUGAAGAGAAUAUUCCUGCUCCAUACCCUGAUGAUGACCUGACCACAGAGUCAAAUAGUGAAAAUAUGUAUGCCUGCGCGAAAUGUCCGCAAACCUUCAAGUUUCUGUUCUGUCUGGUCAAGCAUGUGCGGUGGCACGAGAUAGAAAAGAAAUUAGAGAAACAGAGACAGGAGGAAUUAUCAGAUAUAGCUCCAAAAUAUGCGUGUUUGCAUUCUGUCAAGAGCAAAGGCAUAACAAAGUCGCAAAGAAGGAUACCAAAAAAGACAAAAUCAUAGCUUAAGGUACAUUCAGAGUACAAUUCGCAUUAUGAAAUUAAUAUUUAUACCUGUUCAAACAAAAUGGUCUAUGGUUCAAUUGUCACUAAUGCUAUAUACACUGGGUUAACAAUGUUAACGCCAAUGUAUUUCUAUCUCCUUUGCCUCUUUAACGCUAAAAAGAGAUAGAAAUACAUUCAUUUUCGUUGGCCCAGCGCUCUAGAGAAAUACAUGUGGACAACGCACAAAAAGUACCAGUGAAGUCAAUUAAUUUAACUAUAAGCAUGGAUAUAUAAUUUUAUAGAUUAUCUCUGUUAUUCAUAAAAAACUUGAACAUACUUUAAGCUAAAAUAUAUUUUGUCUCUUUUUGUCAAUUUCAAAUUUAUAUAGUGUGAUAGUGACAAAACAUAUUUUAGGUUAGUAUGUUUUAACUUUUUUAUGAGUAAUAAUAACAGAUUUCAUAUACAUUUCACACAUCAUGUUAGAUUGUAAACAUAGAAAACUAUAGACUUCGCCAUAUCUUUCGUUUCACUACACAAGCAAAACGGGACAGUAUGAUAAUAUCUUUUGUCCCUCACCGUGUGCCCGGUUUUUCAAGGCCCAAUCUCCUGUAUGAGAUUGGCCGGGAAGUUGUACGGAAAUCAUCUAUCUCAUUUUGGUACGCCAGCCUGUCGUUUAUAGUUUUCUUUGUCUUUUAUAUAUUAUACUGUUUUUUUUGCCGAGGAAUCGUGUUUUUACUAUUGCUUGGAAAUGGCUUGUUGUUUAUUCCAGUGCAACAUGCAGUGUUACUACUUACAUUUAAAAGUUUAAGAGCCAUGUCCCAUUGCUACGUCGUCUCCCGUCACGUUGACGUCUGUUGGCGGAUCAACGGGUUAGAAAUUGUACGUACAUCAACGCACGUCAAUGUCAAAAACAACGGCGCUGCAACGUGCUGCGUCGUCGCAACGUAGCAAUGGCGCAUGGCUCUUAUAUACAUGCUAAAAAGACUUUAAAUUUGACCGUUACGAGUAUUGAAGUAAAUCAAAAACUAGUAAUUUUAUAUUUGUAUGGAUCUUACCAAUGUGUUUAGGCUAAGAGUUGUUUUGUGUAUUGUGACAUGUGUGUUCGUAAUGUGUGUAUAUUUACUAUGAACAAACUUCGCUUGCGACCGCCUAUUUAACCUGGCUUAGUUUUCCUUCUAUUAUGUUAUGUACAGAACAUAUUUAAACAUCGGCAAACAGCCAACCUUUGGCGGAUUCGUCAUACAUUGAUGGUUUUUCAUUAUCUAUAUAUAUAAACUCUUCCGUUACUGAGUGACUGACUGACAGACAACGCAUAGCCGAAACUACUAGGCGUAGAAAGCUGAAAUUUGGUGUUGUUCUGUGUUACUGUGUCUACUGUUCCUAGGACAGUGUAGGAGAGCACUUUGAAGGGAUUUCCUGAAAUUUCCACGAGUAAUGGAUUUUUACACAUAUACGAAGUUGUGGGCAAAAGCUAGUUGUAAAUAAAAGCUCUCAUACAAACUGCGCAAUGUUCAUUGGAUUCGCGUCGGCAUGUGUCUGUCGCGCGUAUCUUGUAUGUAUGUAAUAUUCUUUAUUACUUUACAUAUCUCCAAACCCACUGAACGGAGAGGUAUUGUUACCUUCGUCUUUGCUGGCCGAGUUUUCAGGUGACGUUAAAAACAAACAUGGCGGCUGAGCAACGCCAUUGGGCUUGGUGAAAAACAUUUUUUCGAAUAUUACAAUUAGAGGUGAAAUUUACCAAAAGUUUCCGUAACUUUGAAGGUUUCCAGGAAUGUUUCAAGAAAUAUUCGCGAAAACUUCUAUUUCUUUAAAUAUAUAUAUUAAACUUCUUUCUUUAAAUUUCAGCAAUUUUUCAAUGUAUUAAAAAAUAGUUUUAAUGUUUGUAUUGUUAGUAACAUAAAAAGACCAUAAAAGCUACAGACAAUAUAAUUAUACAAUAAUAAAAUAAAAACGCCGUGUUCGGUGAGGCCUAUGGAUAUAAAUAUUGUUAUUGUGAUCAAAAAAGUUUAUUUGAAAACUUCCAAAGUUGCCGGCAGUUUUGGAAGUUUUCAGGAAACUUUCCUUAGAUUAGGAAACAUUCCUGGCAAUUUUCAUAUGGAAUAAUUACAAUAUAGGUCUAUUUCAUCUGAAAUUACAAGGUUCAACGCGGGUUUUUUGUUUAUUUAAAAUGUUUGCUUGUUUUUAGUUCUUGAUUAUGGUUUGUUGGUGGUAAAUAUAUUUGUUUAUUUAAAAUGUUUGCUUGUUUUUAGUUCUUGAUUAUGGUUUGUUGGUGGUAAAUAUACACGCUCUUGUUAAAAAAAUCGCUGUUAAUUGGAUAUGCAGUUGUAAAUAGAUCUAAAUAGAUUUUAUAUCGUUAUAAGUUUACGGGACAUUAUUAAUGUAUUCUUGGUUUUUUAAAGUAUGGAUAUCUUGUUAAAUGAAUGAAUGUUGCCUGCUUACCUUCGGCUAGACUUAGGUGUAGCCGGCCGCAGAUGGUUACACCAAGGUUUACCCGUAACAGAUUGUAUGCUCGGCUAUUAUAAAAUGGGAAAAUAUAUUAUCUGUUACGGGUAAAAUGUCUCCAAAUAAAAUUACAGUCAGAAUUGGCCGUAAUCAAUUACAUAUGUAAUCUAGAUUGAUAAAUCAGAUUUUAAUUAAUCAGAUUACUUUCAAUCAAGAUUACAAGUAAUCGGAUUAAAAAUAAUUAUAUUCAGCCACUUUUUUCUCCUGAGAUUACAAGAUUAUUUGUCACUAGGGACCCUAUCCGGUUUGGUUUUAUCACGUCUUUAUUAUUUACACAUGUCUUUCGGGUCUCGCGAUUUUUGGACUACAGAGUCUCGUAAUCCAUGGUUCUAUCUACCCUGGAAUCUAAAAAGACAUGAUAUAUUAACCACCCCACCAAACUGUUGUGGAUCGCUAGUGAAAAGUAAUAAAGCAGUUUUUUUAAGAUUAUUGUGUUAUCUGUAAUCUUUUCUGAAGAUUACAAAAUGUAAUCGCAAUCCUCAAUCGUUAAUCCAAUUGCUUUUUGCCAUCUCUGUUUUGUAUUUAUGUGUUAAGAUUUUAUUUAAAUAUUACCAUUGAAUAUUUCGGCUGUAAGUUAGCAUUCUAUGAAUUUUUUAACAUACAAUAUUAUUUGUGGUUAUGUUUGAAAAUUUUAUUAGUUUAAUCUAUGAUUCUUAUUGUGAAUAUUAAGAAGAAUUUCAAAAGAACUUGCGAGUGUGAAAUGUUUUGUGAUUUUCUCUGUAUAAGAACAAAAGUGAAGCCAAUCUUUAUUUACAAAUUGUACAAUAUUUUAGCAUUUUUCAUAAAGAAGUCUCUCAUUCAUCACUAUCGAGUAGUUAUCGGUAAAACAGCACUUAGUGGUUGUCUUAAAUAAAUGCUGUUUUACCGAUAAAUAUUCCAUUGAGUACAAGACACAUUUUAAAGUUUUCUUUGAACUUCAAACGUUUUUUUUUUACAUUUUCUGGGGCCACUGUCGUUGUUAGUCAAUUAUAUUAUUAUGUCCGAUAUAUAUUGUCGAAGACCGUGACAAAUCGACGUACAUUGCUUAGAUUUGAUGUAAUUUUUGUAUCAACGUAAGGAAAAACGAGCAAGGUAUUUCGAAUCGCCACGAUCAUUGACGAUAGUGUAGAUUCGGCAUUAGAUAUUUAUAAAUUGUUUGUUGUAUAUAGAUUUAUUGAGUUUUUAACAAUAAAGUAAUAUUGAUUUUGGUUUGAUAGUA